UUUGUGGACGCUCUUCACAACUCUGGACAGGAGGCAGAGCGCGGGUCCAGACUUUUGCGCACCGAGCAUCUGCGGAUGUAAAGGGACAACUUUGUGGAAAACCUCCCGACAGCAGCCAUCAUGGAUAGCGGAUUGAACAUAACCACUGACCCGAGCUGCAAGCAGCAACCUCCCCUCGCCAUCGACAUCAUCCUCAAGCUGGACCGCUUUGGCAUCAUCCUGUACUCGGUGCUCACCUUCAUGGCUGUAGUGUCCAUGCUGAUCUUCAUUGAAGAGUGCGUCUACAUCUAUAAGAAAGUGCCCGCCAAUAAGAAGAGUGUGAUCAUCUGGGUGACGGGGGCGGCACCGGUGAUUGGCACCAUGUCGUGUCUGGGAAUGUGGAUCCCCAGAGCCACCAUGUUUACUGAUAUGACCUCCGGCUGCUACUUUGCUGUUGUGGUCUUCAAGUUCCUUAUCAUGAUGCUGGAGGAGCUGGGUGGUGACGAGGCCUUCCUGAAGCGAGCAGGGAAUCAUACACUCAAGAUCAGUACAGGGCCAUGUUGCUGCUGCUGCCCCUGCCUGCCACACGCCGCCAUCACACGGCGCUCGCUCUUCCUGCUCAAACUUGGAUCCUUUCAGUUUGCCCUCCUGAAGAUUGUCUUCACCAUCCUUUCCAUUGUCCUCUCGACCAACGGGACGUUUGACCUUGCUGAUUUGUCCAUCAAAGGAGCUGCUAUAUGGAUCAACCCAUUCGUGGGCAUCUUGACGAUCAUCGCCCUGUGGCCUGUAGCCAUCCUGUUCAUGCACCUGAGGAUUGCCCUGCGCACGCUCAAGAUCAUCCCCAAGUACGCCAUGUACCAGCUGGUGCUGGUCCUGAGCCAGCUGCAAACAGCCAUCAUCAAUAUCUUGGCACUGAACGGAACCAUCGCCUGCGCACCACCCUUCUCCCCCGCAGCCAGAGGAUACAUGAUGAGUCAGCAGCUUUUGAUCCUGGAGAUGUUCAUCAUCACGCUGGUAACACGUUUGCUCUACCGCCGAGAGUAUGAUCCCUUACCCGAAGAGGAAGACGUCAAUGAAAACACAAAGAUGAUUACAAUGCCCCAAUCUGCUUGAGAACUCUAUGAGUGUGUGUGUGUGAGUGUGAGUGUGAGUGCGUGUGUGUGUGUGUAAUUUUUAUUCCCUCCAUGUACUGAUUAUGAGAUUAUAUAAGUCGAUAUGAAUAAAUGUUAUAUAAAUUAUA